AUGGGUCCUGCCAGAACACCAGGUCACCGAAAGGCACAGUGCAAAUAUUGUUCGUGGUGUUUAAAUUUAGCAAAAGUGAAUAUGAUGUAUUCUCAUAUUGCAUUUCAAUGUGAUGAAAUUAAUAAUUACGAUUCAAAUGCACGCAAAGAAGUUAUUUCUAAACUUCGGGAUUUGGAACAACAAACAUCACCCGGUAGAUAUAAAAGGCGAGCAAUUGAGAUGAUGUCGGAUGAUUCAUUAUCAAGUAAACAAUAUACGAUGGAUAGAUUUACAUCAAGAAUUAUCGCAUACAGUGAACAACAAAGUAUUGAUCGAUAUUUAUUACGUGCUAUUAUUAUGAACGGUAUUUCAUUUCGAACAGUUAACAAUAGUUUUUUUCUCGAAUUUGUGAAAAAACUCAAUCCAUCAUAUGAUUUACCUGAUCGAAAAAAAUUGGCUCAUGAAUCCUCAUACAAGAAUUAG